UUUCGUCUAGGUUAUGGCGCCUAUCUGGCGCUUACCAGUAGCUUUGAUCGCGCUCGCGCUCUUCGCCAGGAUCAGGUGCGAGGAGACAAAGAUAGAUUUCUCAGAUGCGCCAGACGCUGUCGCAUGGGCCGUUCAGAUCUCCGAUCUCCAUGUGAGUGUUUUUCAUCCAAAUCGAGCGGAAGAUCUCGAGAUUCUGGCCUCGCGGCUUCUGGCGCUCGUCCGGCCUGCUCUGGUGCUCGUCACCGGCGAUCUCACUGAUGCCAAGAACAGAGACCUCUCUGUGACAAGGCAAGAUGAAGCCGAGUGGAUGCAGUACCAGAAAACCAUGAAGCACGUAUCGAAAGAGAGCCGAUUGCCACAAAGUGUGUUCUUCGAUCUUCGUGGCAACCAUGACAGGUUUGGUGUUCCCAAUCGCGAACUGGACUUCUUUUCUCGGUACAGUAUCAGUGCAGAUAUGAAUCGUGUAGAUCCUGUUCAAGCGGCAACUGUCACGGUUCCUGGUGGCUGGAAGUACUUGUUUCUUGGCUUUGAUGAUACCAUGGCCAUCGGGCUUCGCGGGCCAACAAAUCUGUUUGGCCAUCCGACAGACUCCAUGCUUGGGAAAAUGGUGUCCCUGCUCGAAGGCUUUGAAAAGAAGCAUGCACCCAGUUCUUCCGCCAAGGUAGCGUUUGGACACUUUCCAAUGUCUUUCACGGCCUCUUCAGAAUCAGGGAGACGACCCGAAGAGAUUCUCGCGAGGCAUGGCAUCUCGGCAUACUUGUGUGGCCACCUCCACACCAAGUUCGGAAAGCAGCUAUAUCGGCUUCACUCGUACCCGGGCAGUGGCACCUUUAGCAGAAAGAACGAGUUUUGGGAGUGGGAAAUCGGGGACUGGAGAGGCAGCAGGACCGUGCGAGUGCUUUCACUUGAUCACGGCCACACUUCGUUCGUGGAUAUCAGGUUGGACGGGACGAUGAACUUCACGACGAUAGUCUUACCGACAUAUCCUUUGGAUUCGCGGUUUAUGAAGAGGCAUCCAGCUUACACUGGAGAUGAUGAAGACCACGGUGAUCGCAUUCGAGCACUUGUGUUCUCCGAGGUGCCGAUAACAUCUGCGGUGGCAAAAGUAUACGACAGCAAGUCGGGCUCUCUCCGUCUGGUCGACGAACUUGAUAUGCAACUCACUUGGGGUCCUAACAACAAAGCAGUUUUCUAUGAGACAAGAUGGAGGAGAAACAGGUACUCGGAUCCGUCGGCCCUGCGGUACUGGCUAGAAGUUUUGGUGACUGAUUCUUCAGGCAGGAAGACUGCGAGCGAGCUUAGGCCGUUUUCGGUAGACGGCAAAGUCGCAGAACUUAAGUGGGGAUUCUCGGAGUUUCUCGUGAUGGGAGUACAGUGGGCCGAUGCUUAUCUGCUUCUUUUUUGGCUUAGCAUUGGACUGCUGGCCGCAGUACUUUUACUGCCAAGGCUUGCGUACGUUCGUCUCAAGCAGAAGAAGGCGUAUAAGAGCUUCGUUUCUUCGGUGCUGGCCUGGAACACGAAGAGCGGAGGUUCGUAUUUGGAGUAUGCGCUGAAGAGUGUUGGAUGGAUUUUCAUGGAAGGGUCUCGGAAUGACGGACUAUGGUGGGGACAACUCGCGUUAGUUACUUGGCUAGUUUUUCUUCCAUGGUUUUGGGGGUAUCCAUUUGGAGAUGGCCAUGCAGCAGGAUAUCUAAGCCGCACAGGUUGGCACAUUCAGGAACUUGGAAAGUCUGGCUUAGCUUCCCCGGACGUCUUGGUCAUCGUUUUGCCGUUUCUUUACAUGGUCGUCUUGCCACUAAGCGUGGUGAUCGCCGGUUUGUCAGCCGAGAGAGCAGCCUGCGAAGCCCAUCAAGCAAAGCAUUGUGGAAAAACGAGCAAGAGCGAAGGAAGUAAGAUGUCACGGAAGAAGCUGAACGAAAAGUCCGACUCUGGCCUGCUUCAGCUUCUGGAAAACGAGGCCAAAGUCGAGAAGAAGCGCUGCGUGGUGUGCUCGAGAUGGAGGAGGAAAGCGCUUCUUGCAGUCUGUUUACUCAUCGGCUGGCUUCAUUGGCGGCAAUGCUACUGGGUCGCGGUUGCUUUCGACUGGAAAUGGGGAUGGGCUUCUCCCGGCUUCGUGUGGUCCGUUCCCGUGCUCAUGAUCUCCACGAUCUUCACAACCUGCGGGAUUCGCAAAAACUCAAGGCAAGUAUACGAACAUAUUUGAGAGUAGUGUGUAGGGAGCACUGUCGUUUCCUUCCAGCGAAACAACUCUUUCAGCAGCCUCCAGAGCCCGUGUAAACUCUCCGUGAAUGGCACACGCACAGAGAAGGCUCAUCCAAGCCACAGCGUCCUCGUGAAACGGCAUAGCUUCUAUCAAGUCUUGAGCUCGAUCGAGCUCUCCAGCUCGUCCAAGGCUGUCUACAAUGCAACCAUAGUGCUCGGCGCUUGGAGAAAUCCCAUACUCUCUUCUCA